AUGUCGAGGACGGCACUCAAGUCGCGUAUCGACAACGCGUUCAAAUUCACCAAGCAGGCCGAGAAACUUUCACUUAAACCCACGAGCGAUGGCGGCGAGGAUGAAGGCACCGCCAUCCGGGCGAAUUUCAUCACGCCACUUGACCCGGUGAUUGAGACGGCCGACGGCAAUCGCUUACCGGGUGUACCCAUAGACGAAGCCCACAAGCUCAAUGAGUACAAAGACCGCGUCGAGGGGCGUCCGUCGAGACGCGAUCUUGCGAUGCCACGCGGGCUGAGUCGCUUCGACCACAUCAACGAGCAGCAGCAAGCGAAUCCCUCGAAACCUGUGGCGGAAGGCGGCACCGACACACAGCUAGAGCAGGCAAUGCCACCGUCGAAAACGCACCCGCUCUUUCCUCCGUUGCCGCUAUAUGGUCCUGCCACCUGGGCAAGAGACUUGCAAUGUGCCAUCUUCAGCGUCACAGCAUUCACUCUGUCCACCGCAUUUCUACUCGUCAUUGUGCUCGGCGCCGCUUUCACAUCAAUACCGAAGCUCGCCGCCGCCCUGUGGCGAUGGCUCACGUUUCGCGACCCACGUGAGCAGCGGCCGUUCCGUGAGGAGGAAGAGCGACGGCAGCUGGUGCGGAAGGAGCAGGAGCGCGAGUGGGUGCGACAGCAUCGGACGAACCCAGCAAAGAGCGAUGAUGAUGAUGAUGAUGAUGAUGGGAAGCAGACUACUCUUGCGAACCCUGCUACGCCAGGCUAUAAGCCCACGGAAGGCGGUCCAGACAAGUUGGUCUGCGAUAUUCGCUAUUAUGCUCGACGAGUUGGCCUGGACUGCGAGGAGUUCAAGGUGCAGACCGAGGACGGCUUUAUUCUCAGUUUGUACCACAUCUUCAAUCCGACCGAAUACAAACCGGCCUCGGAGCAAGAGCGUGGGGCGUCUACGCCAGAAGUCUUUACCGACGACAAGAAAGGCGCUCAGUCCUCGACACGCAGGUGCUACAAAGAUGGUGAGCGACGCUAUCCGGUGCUUCUCGUACAUGGCCUCCUGCAAUCCGCCGGCGCUUACUGCUGCAACGAUGACGACAGCCUCGCUUUCUACCUCUGCAAGUCUGGCUACGACGUUUGGCUCGGCAACAACCGCUGCGGCUUUCAGCCUGAGCAUAAAGUUCUCUCAUCCUCGGAUCCCAGAAUGUGGUGCUGGAACAUCAGGCAGAUGGGCGUGAUGGACAUGCCCGCAUUCAUGUCCCGCGUCCUGCACGAGACGGGCUUUGAGAAACUAGGCCUCGUUUGCCACAGCCAGGGCACAACACAGACAUUUGUUGCCCUGGCCAAAGAACAGCGGCCGGAUCUAGGAGACAAGAUCUCGGUCUUCUGUGCGCUCGCGCCUGCCGUGUACGCGGGCCCUUUGAUUGGGAAAAUGUAUUUCAAAUUCAUGCGCGUCAUAUCGCCGGCGAUGUUCCGGGUGUUUUUCGGCAUCAAAAGCUUCAUCCCGUUGAUGAUGACUAUGCACCGCUGGCUGCCUGGCCGCGUGUACGGCACCAUGGGCUACAUGGUAUUCUCAUUCCUCUUCGACUGGUCCGACCAGCGCUGGGACAAAGGGAUUCGCGAUCGCCUGUUUCAGUUCAGUCCGGUUUACGUGAGUGCAGAAAGCAUGCGUUGGUGGCUGGGAAGGGAGUGUUUUGCCAAACACAAAUGCGUGCUGAGUACGCGAGAGGAGGGUCGUCUGGAGGAUGUGGAGGACGAAGAGACGGAGAUCAAAAGGGAGAAGGCCAUGGGCCAGAGCACGAAAGAGAGAGGCAAGAAGGCGUGGUACGACGAGCGGGCUCCGCCCAUGGCGUUGUGGGUGGCAGGGAGUGAUGAGUUGGUGGACGGGAAGAGGUUGUUGAGGAGGUUUGAAUGCGGGCGUGAACCGUACGCCAGGAUUGUGCAUAGUAAGGUCAUUGAGGAGUACGAGCAUCUGGACGUCAUUUGGGCUAUGGAUGCAGUUGUGAAGGUGGCGAGCGAGGUCAAGCAGGUGCUCUGGGAGACCAUGCCAGAGGAUGCGAGGAUGGUCUGCAGGGAGGUCAAAGAUGUUGCUGUCGAUUGGGACGGCAAGGCUGCGAUUGCAGAGAGGGACUGA